AUGAGCAGCCAGUUGAUCCAUUGUCACAUAGUUACUAAGGGGUUUGGUGUGGGUUUCUUUGGCACCUUUGUCUAUGGGUUUAACUUUCCCAAAGAUAGAGAACCUCUGUGGGACAGUCUUAAGAGCAUUGCUAGCAUGUGUAAUGAUCCUUGGAUAGUGAUGGGAGACUUUAAUGCUGUCAUGGAACUUGAACAUAGGAUUGGAUCAACAGUCAGACUCACUGAAACUCAACCCAUGAGCAACUGCAUGAGUCUAUGUAAUCUUUCUGUGAUCAAAACUGUGGGGAGGCACUUUACUUGGAAUAAUAAACAAGAGGGAGCUGACAGGGUUUUCUCUAUGAUUGAUAGGGUCCUAAGCAAUGCCAAGUGUAGUGAUCUUUUUGAAACUGCUGAGGCUGCCUACUUAGAUGAAGCCACUUUUGAUCAUUGCCCAAUGAUUCUAAGGUGCUAUAAGGCUGGCUGUGUGAAGAAACCUUUUAGGUUCUUCAAUAUGUGGGUCAAUGCCAAUAGCUUCAUGGAGUUAGUUGAGUCAACUUGGGGAAAAUAUGUUUAUGGUUGCCAUAUGUUCAGAAUUGUCCAGAAGCUCAAGUGGUUGAAACCAGCUCUGAAAACUCUCAAUGGUCAAGGUUUUAGCAACCUUGAAACUGAAAAGGUUAGGCUUCACCAUAAACUGUUACAAGCCCAACAGGCUCUCCAUAUGGACCCCAACAAUGCCAAUCUAGCGACUACAGAAAAACAAGCUGCCAGUUCCUAUGCUAGUGCUCACAAGAACUACCUUUCCUAUUUACAACAGACAGCUAAACUACACUGGUUGAAAGUGGGGGAUGAAAACACUAGGGCAUUCCAUCAAAGUAUCAAACACAGGAGGAAAAGAAACAAGAUUAACUCUAUCCAAACUGAAAAUGAUACUGGUACUAGACUAACAGAUGCUCACAAGGAAAGUUUAAAAUGCAAUUUCACUCAUAGUGAUAUUAAAAGAGUUCUUGAUACCAUUCCAAAUGACAAGGCACCUGGAAUGGAUGGCUACAACAGUUUGUUCUUUAAAACUGCUUGGCCUGUGGUGAAAGAUGACAUGACCAGAGCCAUCAAUGACUUCUUCUCUACAGGGAAAAUGCUCAAGGAAAUCAAUGUAACAAGCAUCACUCUGGUUCCAAAAGGGGCCUUUGUAGCUGGAAGGUCAAUUCUUCACAAUGUUCUUGUUUGUCAAGAUAUUGUGAAAAUCUACGGGAAAAGCCAUAAGCAAUUGGGAUGCCUUAUGAAGCUAGACCUAAGAAAGGCAUAUGAUACAGUAGCUUGGGAUUUUAUCAAAGAAAUGAUGACUGGUCUUGGUUUUCCUGUUCACUUUAUUGAUUUGAUCAUGACAUGUCUUUCAACAACUCAAUACUCCCUGAUGAUCAAUGGUGCCCCUAGUAAGUUAAUUCAACCUAAGAGAGGCCUUAGACAAGGGGAUCCCCUUUCUCCCCUGUUGUUUACCUUGUGUAUGGAGUAUUUCUCCAGAGGCACCCCUGAAGUGGUUCAGCUCAUGUUGGAUGGUUUUCACUGCUUCUGUAACACCACAGGCUUGCAAGUCAAUCCAAAAAAAUCCUCUAUUUUCUGUUGUGGGAUGAACUCUCAACUUCAAAAUCACAUUGCGAAGCUGUCAGGUUUCAAUGUGGGUUCCAUUCCAUUCACCUAUCUAGGUGUUCCCAUCAGUGCUAAGAAAUUGAGAGGUGUUGAGUGUGAUUUACUCAUUGACAAAAUGGUGGCAAGGAUUAAGAUUUGGAGCUCUAGGCAUAUCUCUUUUGCUGGAAGGAUGCAGCUUGUCAAUUCUGUUCUUAUGAUUCUGAAGAAAAUUAAUGCAAUAUACAGAUUUUAUCUGUGGUUUGGUUCUUAUGCUGACAACAGACCAGGUGCUGUAGCCUUGGACAAGCUUUGUUGUACCAAAAGUGAGUGGGGUCUUGGUUUUAGAAAUCUGGUUUUGUGGAACCAAGCAGCCAUAGGCAAGCAAGCUUGGGCAAUCUCUAAAAAAGAGGACAAUAUGUGGUUUAAAUGGGUCCAUGACAUGUAUGUGAAAGACAAGAAUUGGGAUCCGUACACAGCUCCAAUCACUGCAAGUUGGGCUGUGAAAAUAGUGUGCAAAGUUAAGAACAUGUUUAAUGGGAAAUUACAAUCUCCUGAUUGGCUCACUGUCAACAAGUACUCCAUUAAAGGAAUGUAUCAGAACUUGAGUGAGGUUCAGCCCAAGACCCACUGGGCUAAGCAGAGGAAACAAUUACACACCUGUACUUUGGGUGUACUUAUAGUGCUAGUUGCAAGGCUAUGGUGCUUCAGUGGCUUAAUCUAUCACUUGUGGAGGGCAAGGAACUAUGUAGUGUGGGAUGCUAUGGUGCCUACUGUUUUGCAGACAGUGAAGAGAGUCCAGUUGGACACCAAAGGUAGAAUUCAGCAACUGAUUGGGAAGAAAGUCAAGUCUUAUGAUUUAGAUUGGUUCAGUGCCUUGUGA